AUUUUAUUUUAUUUUUGUUUUGUUUUUAAAUAUAAAAAAAAAAAUCAUCUGUCACUGGACGUCAGUCCUGGUUUCUCUAUUACUGCCCUUGGGAGGGGGUUGCAGGGAAGGAUUUGGGAUAGAGUGGAGUGGGGCUGCCUUCCAGAUGGAUGUGAUCCUGCCACCCUCUUUCAGUCUCCCCUCAAUCCUCCACCUGUUCCUGUAGGUGGCUGAACCUUCGGCUUCAAGGCCCCGACAGGGCAGGUAUGGAGUGAGGACGUGAACAAAGCUGAGUUUCUGGCCCAGCCCUCAUCUGCCAUUUUCCCCUGAAGUCUUUUUUAAUUCUAUGCUGGCAGGUAAUAGGGGAGUAAGUGUUCCCUGCAAUAAAAGCUGCAUUUGCAGAAUCUGCAGUAUUUUGACUCCCUCAAUCAACCAGGAUAGUCUCAGCAUCCCCUUUCCUACAUACAGGAGAUAGAAAAAUCCUAUCUGACAAAUUAGCCCUAUGCUAUAUCCCCAGGUACCCCUCUUUUGGCCCCUGUGCUUCUCAGUAAAUCUCACUCUCCUCAGGUUGCCCUCGGUUCUAAGAUGUCUAAGAACCCCGAUGCGUAGAUGUAGAUCCACCUUCAAGUCCAUCCUACACAAAACCUCACUGCCCAGAAACUUAGUGGUGAUUGUCCUGGACCUCAUGUAGGAGGGAAUAGAAAUGGGUUGAAGAGCCUGAGCAUAUGUUGAGUCAGGAAUUUCACUUGACACUGGGUAACUUCUCUAUUGGAUUUUUUUCGGACCCCUCCUCCAGUCUAAUCCAGCUGUUAGAGGGUCUUCAUACUUGGAUAUGUUGGAAUUGGUGAGGCAAUAUGUUGUCAUUAACAACUUGUUCUCUGCUGUGGUAGGAGUAUCUCCCCAUCAAUCUAUACCCAAACUAAUAGAAGAAGGAUGGCUUGGUGCCGUGGAAAGAGCCCUGGACUUGAAGUCAGAGGCCCUGGGUUAGAAUCCCAUCUUUGCUAGCUCUGUUACUACCUAGGUGACCUUGGGCAAGUCAUAAGGUCUCUUGGUAUCCAUGACCUCAUCUGUAAAAUGAAGGGGUCAAACUAGAUGACUUUCAGGUCUCUUCCAGUUUUAGAAAUCUGUUACCCUGCGAUCCUGUGGAAUUCACUUCAAGUACAAAUUGGCCAUAUUUGUUAAGUCUACCUUCUGGGGCAUUCUGGUGUAGGGGAGGGGGAAUCAGAAUGUUGAUAAACAUCAGAGAGAGAGGGAAUGGGAGGGCAGACUUGCCCCUAGAGUCUUCUUGACUCACAUGGUGGGAGGGGCAGGAAAUAGAGGUCCAGUGAUACAGUAGUUAUGAUGACAUUUUCUUAAGUAGCUGAAACCAUCUCUCCAUUGCUAUUUGUUAUAAACAAGCAGACAUCUCCUCCUCUCCCCGCCCCCCAUCCCUUUUGUCUGGUCAUUAGGUUGUUGAUAUUCUUAGUUCCUUUUCCAUGUGUGGAUCCCAAACCACUUUCAGUGAGCCAAUCACAUUCAGUCUCCCUGACAGCAUAGUUGGGGUGGAAAGUUGAGUGGAAUGUCCAGAGAUGAUUCAAGAAAUAGGGACCAUAUUAGAUUGUCCAAUUCUUUGCAAGACAGGUAAGCUAUCCCCUUCCCCUCACCAGGGAUGAGGAAGCAGCCAUGUCUGGUUGAGAAGUAACCCUGCAGAACUUGAAUUGUCUUUCUCUAUCCCUCUCCCCAGUUCUCAGCCUAGAAUUACACCUGCCUGAAGUGUUCAUAAAGAGACAAAAAGCCACAAAAUUCAAAGUGUAGGUGUCAUAUAAAGAUUGGGGAAGGAUAAUAAUAGGUGGAGUUGAAGCCGGUAGCCUGUGACUUCUAAGGGUGGGUCUGGAAUAGACAGAAAUGAGGGUAGUAUCUAGUUUUCAAAGUGGAGGAGGGGCACAUUGUAGCCUUUCUUUACUCCAAUCAACCUUCCAAAAUCCCCUCUAAAGGGGCACAAAAUAUGAGUGUAAUUGCCCUGUAAGUGUUUAGCUACUACUAUACUGAACAUAGGUGAAGGGGUGGGGAUAAGGCAGCUGUUAUCUCAGCCAGUUGUGGCUAAAGAGAUUUGGGAGAGGGAGGGCAGGGUCCAACACUGCCCCAGGCCUUUUAGUUUCCAAUUUCUCUGUGUCAGCUGUGUUGCUCAGCUGUCCACUCUCUUCUAGCCCUGUCACUUUAGCUGUGACGCUGAAGGGAGAGGCUAGGUCUGCACACACCAGCUGGGGAGACGUGAGCACCACGGGUAUUUUGGGGGUAUAAAGCCCCCCAGGCAAGAGGACAGAGCCUUCUUUUUCCAUUCCCAACACCACCACCAAGCCUCCUAACCUGGCAUCCUCUUUCCUCCACUGGCUGUGGACUGACGUAGGGAAUCCCAAACGUAAGUUGCCUUUUCCUACUAGUUACCAGACAGUAGCUGCUUGGGCUCCCACACCCCUCAGUCAGUUCGCUUCUCCCAUUUGCCUCACCUGUCUGUUAAGUAGUUUGGGGUGUUUCAGUCAUUUCUUACCCUGAAGAAAGGGUCGGGAUCAGGAAGGAGGUUGGGGAGUUAAUGUCCAGGGAAUAGAGUAGUAGAGAAGGGAGGUCAUAUUACAUUGAAAACUUAAAAAUAGCCAACCCCCAAGGCAGGCUGGGACAGGGCCUGACCUGGAGGUAGUGUUAAAAACCCACUCCCACCCCUAGGCUUGGAGAAAUGAGGGGAGCUGGAAUCCUCUACCUCUGUACUCCAAAGUGAGAGUUUUCGGUGAGGGGGGAAAGGUUAUAUGGGGUCAUAUAUAACUGCCUGUAGCCUUGAAGAAAAGAGAAAGCCUCUAAGAGUCUCCAACCCACCCCAAAAUGAGAAGUCUGUCUUGAUGGAACUUCUACAAGGGAAUGGAGGUAGUCUUUUGUGUAGGCUGUCUUCUGUAGGCCUGCCUUAGUCAUCUCCCAGACUGGACCCUUUUAUGGAGUCCCCUUGUUCAGGCUCCUUUGUUUAGUCUCUCAUUCUGGAAGAGGGGGAUAGAGACCCUCUUUGUGUGAGUCUCAGCUUAAGAGACCUGCAGUUCUCUUCCCAAAGCUCUAUUUGUCCUACCCUACAAGGUGAGUCCCUAGGAGUAAGAAAGGGAGGGGGGAGGGGAGGCAAGGAAGGAUGAAGAGUCUACAGUGGCAACCCCGAUCUUGCAGGAUGACAGAAAAAGAGGUUCUGGAUUCUCCCACAUCCUUCACAGCAGAAGCACCAAAGAGUGGGCUACAAAGGCUGAAGCAAUUAUUCAGGAAGGAGACUGUAGAAAAAAAGGAGAUGGAGCUCCCCCCUGAGCCCCAGGCCAAUGGGGAAGCAGUAGGGGCUCAAGGGGGACCCAUCUACUACAUCUAUGAGGAGGAAGAAGAGGAAGAAGAGGAGGAAGAGAAGGAGCCACCCCCUGAACCCCCUAAGCCUGUCAAUGACAAGCCCCACAAGUUCAAAGAUCAUUUCUUCAAGAAGCCCAAAUUCUGUGAUGUCUGUGCCAGAAUGAUUGUUCUUAACAACAAAUUUGGGCUACGAUGCAAGAACUGCAAAACCAAUAUCCAUGAACACUGCCAGUCCUUCGUGGAGAUGCAGAAAUGCUUUGGCAAGAUACCCCCUGGUUUCCGCCGCGCCUACAGUUCUCCACUUUAUAGCGACCAGCAGUAUGCUUGUGUCAAGGACCUCCUCUCCAACCGAAAUGACCCUGUUUUUGAAACACUUCGAACUGGAGUGAUCAUGGCAAACAAAGAGCGGAAGAAGGGACAAACAGACAAGAAGAAUCCCCUAGCAGCCAUGAUGGAGGAGGAGCCAGAAGCCCCCAAAACUGAGGAAGGAAAACCCCAGGCUGGAAAUACAGAGGGAGACAAGAAGACUGACAAAAAGACAGCUGAGGAUAAAAACAAGCAGCCCGGAUUCCAGCAGUCUCACUACUUUGUGGCCCUCUAUCGGUUCAAGGCUUUGGAAAAGGAUGAUCUGGACUUCCCACCUGGAGAGAAGAUCACAGUCAUCGAUGACUCUAAUGAGGAGUGGUGGCGGGGCAAGAUCGGGGAGAAGAUUGGAUUUUUUCCCCAAAACUUCAUCAUCCGAGUCAGGGCUGGUGAGCGUGUGCACAGGGUGACCCGAUCCUUUGUGGGAAACCGUGAAAUUGGGCAGAUAACGCUCAAGAAGGACCAGAUUGUGGUGCAGAAAGGGGACGAAGCUGGUGGCUAUGUCAAAGUCUACACUGGUCGAAAGGUGGGGCUAUUUCCCACUGACUUCCUGGAGGAAAUUUAGGGGUGCAGGUGCCCCAAUCAAUCCAGGCUCAUAUUAUUCAGUGUCUACUAUGUACUAGGCACUGUGUGAUUUACAAAGACAAAAACAAAACAAUCUCUGCCCUAAAGGAGUUUACAUUCUCUUUAGGAGAGAACACUAUCUUACUCCACUUUGGGCUGAAUUGUGGGGAGGGGUGGCAGUUAGGGCAGCUCAGUUCUAGCUGAGGUUAUAUUCUAAGAGGGCUGGUUCCCCCUUAAACUUACCUCCCUAGUGUGAAACUUGCCGUACUGGGCAUACAGGGACACCUGCCCCUCAACGAGAACACUCUCCCUACUUCUUCCCUGAACUUGCACACGUGUGGCCAUUGAUGUUGGGGAGGAGCAGGAAAGGCCUCCUUUAGAUCUUCAUAGGUUGUGGGGGGGAGCCCAGGAGACUAAGUUGUAGGCAGAGCCCCUUAGCUCAUUAAACUUUUGUGGGAAAAGGGUUGGAAAACAUUUGUUUCUUUAAAUUUAGGAUCGUUUUUCUCUUUUUUAAAUCUUUGUUACAAGGCAAGACUUGCCUGAAAGGGGGGAUAGGAAUCUAUUCAGAAAUGAAGUUGUUGUAAAAACAAGAAAUCAAUUAAAAACAAUUUUCAAAAAUUUGAACUGGCAGCUUAAAAAAUAAAUUUGAGAAUA